UUCAUGAGCCACGCCUCUCGCCCGCAGCUUUGCUUCAAAACAACAGUUGAUUCAGCUUCAUUUUCUGCACGUCAUCCGACUCUUCCUGAAACACCGUGACGCGGUCAGAGAGAAAGUCAUUUUCAUCUUAUUCUCUGAGUCGAUCGCUGAGGAUUAAUAACAACAACCGUCAGGAUGGUGAACUGCUGUGGUCUCGUGUCUGAAAAAAAUGAGCCAGUUCCUCUGAAGAGCAUCUCAGUGCAGCUGCAGGUUAAGGAUCACGUAGUCUCCGUCAGCUCCAGCCUGCAGUAUGUCAAUGAGGAGGAGCGCCCCCUGGAGGCCGUGUUCGUCUUCCCGCUGCCCGCCGAUGCCGCCGUCUGCCACUUCAGUGCCAAGAUCGGAGAGCAGGAGAUUGUGGCGGAGGUGCAGGACAAACAGAGCGCGCGGGAUCAGUAUGACGACGCUGUGAGUUCGGGUCAGCAGGCGUUUCUGCUGGAAGAGAGCGAUGAGAGUUCGGAUGUGUUCAAACUGAGUGUCGGGUGUUUGUCUCCGGGUCAGAACGCCGUCAUCACCAUCGUCUAUGUGAUGGAGCUCAGCGUUCAGGCCGACCACGCGCUGCGCUUCUGUCUGCCGGCCGUACUCAACCCCAGAUACACACCCGCAGCUUCAGCCGCUGGUGUUCCAGAAGUUUCCUCAGCAUGUGUUAUUCCCUACACACUGUCUCUGAGUGUCGAUGUGAGAUCUUCAGACCGCAUCUCCAGACUGGAGUCCAGCUGCCCUCUGGAUCCUCUGGUGUUCCUCGACUCUGACCACACUCACGCCACGGUGAAUCUGAGUGCUGGUCACCGGUUCGAUAAGGAUGUUGAGCUGCUUCUGUACUAUGAGAAUACCCAUCAGCCCACUGCUGUCAUGGAGGCCGGAGCAGCCACGGCUCAGCCAGGCUCUCUGAUGGGUGACCCGGUGCUCAUGAUCAGUUUGUACCCAGAGUUCCCUGCAGACAUAAUGUCAUCGUUGGCAUCUCAAGGCGAGUUUGUUUUUGUGGUUGACAGAUCUGGUAGUAUGGACUGCGUGAUGCAUCAUGGGAAAGACGCACAGAUGCGCAUUGAAAGUGCAAGAGACACGCUGUUGUUGCUGCUGAAGAGUCUGCCCAUGGGAUGCUACUUCAACAUCUAUGGAUUCGGCUCUCACUUUGAGUCCUUCUUCCCUCAGAGUGUUGUGUACAGCGAGGACACGAUGAAAGAGGCUCUAAAGAGAGUGAAGAACAUGAGGGCAGACAUGGGCGGCACAGAGAUCCUCCAGCCUCUGAAACACAUCUACAGUCAGCCCUGUUACCCAGAUCACCCCCGACAGCUGUUCAUCUUCACGGAUGGAGAGGUGUGGAACACUAAAGAGGUGCUGGAUCUGGUGAAGAGUCACGUCUACUCUCACAGGUGUUUCUCCUUCGGGAUCGGUGAGGGUGCGAGUACGGCUCUCAUCACAGGAAUGGCCAGAGAAGGUUCUGGUCAUGCUCAGUUCAUCACAGGCACUGACCGCAUGCAGCCCAAAGUGAUGCAGUCGCUCAGGUUUGCUCUCCAGCCAGCCGUGGACAGUAUCUCUGUGGACUGGACCGUUCCCGAGGGUGUUACGGUGGACAUGCUGUCCCAACCCAUCAACACCCUGUUCCAGGGUCAGAGGGCGCUCAUCUACGCUCAGCUGAAAGGACAGAGUUCAGGAACGACAGAAGGAGCAGUAACUCUGAAAUACAAGCUGAAAGAUCAACCAGUGACUAACCAGCUCCAGUUUACUCUGAAACCUAAGGAAGACACAGGACUGACGAUCCACCGGCUGGCGGCCCGGUCUGUGAUCCGCUCUCUGGAGCUGCAGGAGCGGGCCGGAGGAGCAGACACGGAGGCCGUCAGGAGCAGGAUCGUGGAGCUCAGUGUUCAGGCAGGAGUGAGCAGCGUUCACACAGCCUUCAUCGGCGUCAAUAAAGACAGCAAACAGACCGUCAAAGGGCCGCUGCAGCAGAGGAGAGUGCCAGUACAGGGUAUGUUUCUACAAAGGUCUACAAUGCAGUGUGCCCCUAUGAGAAUGUGCGCUUCUUCCCAAAGAGCAACGACCGCAAUGGCGGCUCCCAUGUCGUCACGUUCUGGCACAAUGGCGGCUCCUCUAAUGGCAUUUCAAUCUCCAAUGUCACAUGCCUUUGAUUCGAUGUCUAAUCGUGCCAUCUUCCAGUCUGCUGACUGCAGCAUGAUUGAAUGUGAUUCUGCAUCAGAUCAGGAACCCGAGCCCCAGGCGGACCCUUUGCUCCAGCUGGUCUCUCUUCAGAAGGCCUCGGGAUGCUGGGAACUGAACGCCGCACUGGCUGAUGUGUUUGGAAAGACGGAGGACGAGGUGACCAAACACAGACCAGCACAGGUGGACGGGUCAGUGUGGGCCACCGUUCUGGCCCUGAUCUGGUUAAACGCAUGUAGAUCAGAUGACCAGGUGGAGUGGCAGUUUGUGGCCAUGAAGGCGGCGUCGUGGAUCCACUCUCAGAAACCGGACGGCCUGUCUCAGUGUGUGUGUGACGGGAACAUCCUGUUGGGGUGUCAUGUGACUAAAGACGUGCUGGGAAUCUGAAGACUGAAGAAUCUUGUGCUGUCAGAAGACCAAAUAACGCUCACUCUGUAUCACAAACACUGGUGUGUUUUUCUGUAUGUGAGCUUUAGGGCCUGUCCUAAAUUCAUGUUAUCGCUCUAAAUAUGAUUCUAAAAAUAUCAUCUUACAUUAUUAUCAUCUUAUGGCGCUUUGUGCUCUGAACUCACUAUCAUGAUUUGUGUGUGAUCAUAAAUCCAUUAUUUCGCUGUGUUUCAGUGAGCUGAUUGUGUCAGUGUGUCUUUACCCAACUAUUUUAAUAAAGUCUUUCUUCACUAGCUGUAA